CAUGAUCCAUGAGAUCAAGAAUUCUAUUAGAACAGAUCUCCAGAAGAGGUACAGCAGUGAGGCCGAGAAGAAGAUCCUUCAUACAGCCUCUGCACUGGAUCCUCGCUUUAAGGGACUGCCUUUCAUCCUCACAGAUGAAGAAAGAUUGGAGAUAUUUAAAGGAGUCACUGAGGAAGCUGCAUCCUUGGAGAUUACAUCAGAUGAGAGUGAGAGGACACAAGAGGAUCAUCAAGUGCCUAGAAGAAAACAAACUCUGGAAGAAGAGGACAGUUCACCCAUCGAAGACAACCAUUCUGAAUCUCCACCAUCUCCUCCCAAAAAGGCCAGAUCGCUGCUCGUGAGUUUGCUGGGACAGUCUUUCACUGACACUGAAGGUACAAUAGAACCCAAAAAGACCCCCUAUGCCAAGGCUGAAGAGGAAAUGGAAAACUAUUGUAAAGCCCCACCUCUGCCUCUCACUGAGGACCCUUUGAACUGGUGGCGUGAGCAUGAGGUCAUAUUUCCCCUCCUUUCUCGGCUGUCAAAGCAAUACUUGUGUAUCCCAGGUACAAGCGUGUCUGCAGAGCGGGUUUUCUCCACUGCAGGAGAUGUGGUAACUGCAAAAAGAAGCGCCCUCAAACCAGACCAUGUAGAUCAAUUGGUGUUCUUACAGAAAAAUCUACAUGUUCCCAAAUGCUGAGCAGUGUUUUUAAUUUUAUAGAU